AUGGCUACAUUCAAUUAUUCUGUUCCAAACGAAGCGAGAGAUGUGUUCCUAAAUGGCAUCAUCAACAACAAGAGACAAAGUGGCCUUCCUCAAGAGAUUACGACCUGCGCCAAGACCAUCAAAUUCGAAGGAAGUCCACUACCCAGUAUUGCCAUCAAUUGGAGAUUUGCCGAAAGUAUGGCGGCAUUGAAAGGCUUCGAAGCGGCCAUGCUCAAUGUAUUGUUGGGUCGCAAGUACGGACAGUCUCCCCUGGAAGCUGUCAUCAACACGGACCACUGUCAACUCCUCUUCAUGUCUUCAUCCGUCUUGACAAUCAACCCGUCAGCCCACUUCGAGGUGAAUCCUACGCCUAUCCGUGAUCUUAGCGAGCGAUACAAGGAUAUGUUCACUCUGCAGGAUCCUUUCAAUUUCGCCUCCUCGUUCCAUCGGCGGGCUUCUACCAACAUCUAUCGGACAUCAGACAAUCAAUUCAUCCAUAUUCAUGGCUCCCUCAAUCCAAACCCUACGAUUCAAGCUCUUGGUCUGCCCUUGGAAGACGACUCAGUCACCGACAGAGAGACGUCUUACAAACCAUAUAUGGAGGUCUGCGCGAAAGAAACCGCCGCGAACCUCGAAUCUCUCCUGGACGGUUCUGCUCGACAGGCUUGCACUGUUGUCAAGACUACCGAGCAGUACAAAGCGUCUCCCCACGGGCAAGCGAACUCCCAUGUCAACCUUUAUGAAGUACAUCACCGUCCAAAUCCCGCCCAGUCGCCCGGAUGGUGGCCUUCAACGCCGCAGACAGGUCUUCAGCGUCCGCUGGCUGGCUUAAAGGUACUUGACCUUACACGUGUGAUCGCUGGCCCAUCUGCCACCCGUGGCCUUGCUGAAUUGGGAGCGAGUGUCAUGAGAGUCACUGCGAAACACUUGCCCGAUUUCACCGGUCUGCAGCCCGAUUUGAAUUGGGGUAAAUGGAACUGUUUCUUAGACCUGAGAGAGCUGUCCGACAGAGAGAAGCUUAAGCAGCUCAUUCUACAGGCAGAUGUUGUUGUUGACGGUUACAGACCUGGUGUGUUCGACAAGUACGGAUUCGGUGUCGAAGGGACGUUACGACUGUGUGCAGACCGCGAGAGGGGUAUCAUCUACGCGAGGGAGAAUGCCUAUGGCUGGAAUGGACCUUGGAAGCACAGAAGCGGUUGGCAACCUAUCAGUGAUGCUAACACCGGAAUAUCCUAUGGUUUCGGGCGGGCAAUGGGGAACGACGAGCCUUGCACUCCGGUCUUUCCCAAUUCUGACUAUUGUACUGGAAUCGCUGGCUGCGUGGGCGUGAUGCAAGCCUUGAUCGAACGUGCCGAGAAAGGGGGCUCCUACGUCGUCGACUUUUCCCUAAAUUACUACAAUCACUGGCUUGCUGAGUCUUGCGGCACAUAUCCCGACGAGGUCUGGCAAGAUGUCUGGACCCGCAAUGGCCGUCAGAAGUUCCGUCACUUCCACUCGAUGAACGUCACAGUGCCCGCCUACCUCGGUAUGCUCAAAGAGAAUGCGUCAGAUACGGUUCUACAGGAAGCUUUUUUUGAACGACGCCGGAGUAAGGCUCUUCUUGGUGUUGAUUUUCAAGUCGUACGUCCUGCGAUCAAUUUUCCACCAGAUACAGUAUCUCUUGGCUACAAUGUGGGGACUCGAGCCAAUGGGGUCGACAAUGCAUAUUGGCCUGAUGAUCUUACUGUUGAAAUGGUUGAAUAG